AUGACACCAGGGGCUUCAGGAUGCGAUACUACCCUCCAGACCUACCCCAUACCGGCGAAUGUAUCUGUCGCGACUUCUUUCGAUGUCGAAGUACGCUCGCCUGGAGAUGAAUGGAAGAAGAUUGACUGUUAUUCCCCCACACAUAACGAGGUCAAUUUCACCACUGGUAGCUCAAUUCGGCACACUUCUUCCAUGGUAUAUUUCGACUUCAAUGGAACCGUCGAGAUUCGGGCCAAGUACCUGCACGACGGAGUUUCUGACGCCAUUAUCAGACCGCAAUCUCUCGACAUUAGCCCAACAAUGUCAGGUUCUACCAUUACCUUCAUGCUCACUGAGCCCCGCGAUGUCAUCUUGCAAGUGAACGGCAACAUCUUUGACUGCCUGCACAUCUUCACCAAUCCGCCCGAUCAGGAUGGUCCGUCAGCCGACGAUCCGGAUGUCAUAUACUAUGGUCCUGGCUAUCACAAACUUGAUUCGGCUCUUAAUGUCCCAUCCGAUAAAACUUUGUACCUUGCUGGAGGAGCUGUGGUCACGGCUCCCGACAUCACAGUGACAAACUCCAGUAACGUCGCUUUGCGUGGACGUGGGGUCCUGUACAGCGAGAAAGGAAAUGCGAUAUCCGUGGUGCGAUCCAACAAUGUUGUCAUCGAAGGACUCAUUGGCAUCAAUUUCUUUCCAAGAGCUUAUAUGUCCAACGACGUAACAUUUCACCAUUGGCGCGGCUUCAGCGCUGUUCAAUAUGGAGAUGGGCUCGACUUGUUUUGUAGUCAGAAUAUCCUCAUCGACUCUGUCUUCCUAAGAAACUCCGACGACUGUAUCGCCGUUUACAAUCACAGAGAUGAAUGGUACGGUGAUAGCAAGAACAUCACAAUUCAGAAUUCGAUCCUCUGGGCUGAUGUGGCGCACCCUAUUAACGUGGGGACUCACGGCAAUACCGAAGAUCCUGAGACCAUCGACGACUUGACUAUUCGCAACAUUGAUAUUCUCGAUCAAAAUGAGAAACAGAUGCUAUACCAGGGGACAAUUGCAUUGAACCCGGGCGAUAGUAACCUUGUUGAAAACGUUCUCAUUGAGGAUGUAAGAGUCGAAAAUAUUCGCGUGGGCCAGCUCCUAAACUUUCGUGUGAUGUACAACGACAAGUACAAUACUUCACCCGGACGAGGAAUCCGCAAUGUCCUCAUACGAAACCUCCAGUACAAUGGCACAAAUGCCGAUACCUCCAUCUUCACGGGCUACGAUGCGGACCGAACCAUCUCUAACGUUACGUUUGAGAAUCUAGUAGUCAACGGGAAAGCUAUUUAUGACACAAUGAAAAAACCCGGCUGGUAUUUAUCUACGGACUUCAUACCCCUCUAUGCAAACGAACAUGUCUACAAUAUGACGUUGAAGCCUUCCCAAGGUUGA